AUGCGCACCCAGAACUCUAUAUGGUAUGUCGAGGUCCCAGCAAAGGUAGUACAAGUGGCAACCUCACCUGCUGAAGAUCUGCAGACAUGGGAGGCUGAAGCUUCAUCAUCACAACCACAGCCGUCGUUGCCUUACCCAGAACAACCUUCAACACCACAACCAGAGACUUCAUCGAAAGGAAAAGAACCUGCCGUAGAACCCCACCACUCGUAUCAGUAG